AUGGCGGAAACAGUGGCGGCUGCCUGUUAUAUUUGCGUACUCGAAAACCAAUCCAGUCUCCUGAGCGAGAAAGGAAAAGACCAAAAGGCGCGCGAGAGCUUCGCCUCCAUCCUCAGCUACUACCAGCACAACCGCAAGUCGCUGGAGAAUGUUCCGACAUGGGUAGACCGACCGGAGAGCGGGACGAUCAUGAUCGGCCUUGCGAAAGGGACGGUGCCGUCGGGGGACCAGACAGAGCAGUACAAGCAAGAGUUGAAAGAGCUUCUCGCCGCUCAGGAGGCCAUCGAUAAGCUGUCCCCUCUGGAGAGGCAGAUCAUGAGCCAGGCAGCCAAUACAAGCAAAGCAAGACGCAAAGGGGCCGGGGCCGGGGCCAAAUAG